AUGCUGUAUGGGUCAACUAUCUGGUCAAACUGGCCAGCUGAUAACUUAACGAGAAUCCUCAAGCUGCAAAAACGUGCUGCCCGAGUAAUUUUAGGAGCUAACACAAGAUCAAAUAGCGUAAAUCUCUUUAACAAAUCAGGGUGGCUCUCAUUUUAUGACGAAGCUAAAGUUAAUAAGUGUUCGCUAGUCCUUAAGCGCCUACAAGGAAACUGCCCCAGCUACAUGUAUGACCUUCUUAAAUGCAAUGCAGAUUUACACACACGCAGUGGGCGCUACAGGGCCUUAAACCUCGUCUGCCUCAGUUAUAAUCGUGAAUCUGAGGGAGGGAGAACUUUUAGCGUGUCCGCGACCAGGCUCUGGAACUCUCUGCCCAUUAACCUUAAAAAAAAGAACAUGUGUAACCUCAUUUAGAAAGGCUAUUUAUAGUCAUUUUUUAACGAGAUACAAUGACGUUGAUCAUUUAGCUUAAAAAAACUUAAUUUUAUUUCUUAGUUUUAUGCUAAUCAGGCAUUUUACAACCUUCCUCUCGCUUGACCCAUCCUAGUUGUAUUCUUAUUGUAAUUAUAGUUUGUAGAUAUUCACUGUAAGGAUAUUUUAUAAUUGUAAUAUACUUUUUACUCUUUUCAGUCUUAUUCAUAUAUAUACUUAUAGUUCGUCUGUCCCGUGUUACCCUCGUUAAAUAAUUAUAUUAUAUUAUUAUUAUUAUUAUUAUUAUUAUUAUUAUUAUUAUUGUGACAAAAUUUGAAACAAAUCACUUUCAGUAUCCUAUAGUAAUUGACUAUAUAUUUUAUUUCCCGGCCAGAAGACGUAUUACCAUUACACUGACCAGAGGGGUGUAAAAGGUAUCUCAAAAAGUAAAGAGAUUAAGGCAUCUACGGAUACCACAAACGAUGCAGUAUAUGGCCCUGGUAAAUCAGUUAGUUUUUGACUUUUAUAUUCUUACUCAUCCUGCACUAAGGAGGCUCAGGCGCCGAACUUUUCAUGAGCCGAACUCAACAGAGACUUAUUCAAUGCAUGAGGCUUACGUGCAUGUAUACAUUGAUUUAAGUAAAUAAAAAUUUCGGCGUCUGAAUCAAUAAGGAACGCCUUAUUACAAUUUGGAACGGCCCCGCCUAGCUCGGUCGGGAAUUUCGACUUUAGAGCGACUUUGGAAUUGAAAGGCUCAGUCCACCAAACAUUUCAUGCGCCCAACCCAUGCAUAAAUUAUAAUAACGUAUUUUGCAAGCAAUGCAUUUUUCUCGCAAUGCAAGCAUUUUUCUCGUUUUGAAUUUAGUUCGGCUGGAAUUAAGAUCGGCGUCUGAAUUUGUUCAGUUGGUCUAGUGAAUAAUUUGGGUUGGCCGUAAUUCUAAUUAGGUUUGGCUCAUGAAAGUUCGGCAUCUGAACCGGGCCUAAAACGAGUACUAGUUUACACUAGGUAAAGAUAUUAAAGAUUCUAGGCCAGUAUUUUAUUUACACGAUUCCGCAAUCCAUCACGUUCUUUGGAAGUCUGUGAAAACGUUUGUCGAUCGAUUUCAGUAAAUAUGGCAUAAGAACAGAAGAAAAAAGGUUCGUUUUAUCUUGCCUACUCGUGAAGUUAGACUUUUAAUAAAGUCUGUCGGGAAGCGCAUGUGGAUUUAUUUUACACUCACUCUGGCAAUUUUAUCGAGAGAUUGUCAGGAAGUGACAGAGACCAGCGAUUUUUGCUGCUAGUCUAUUAAAAGUAUUAUUUUCAGCAGUGUUUUUUUGACAAUGCGCUCUGAGGCACAUUGAUUUUAACAAUUGCAGAAGGAAAUGGUAAAAUUUUUCAGGCAAAAAUCGCACGAAUAAGGUACACAAAUUGACUGCUUAUACUUGCUGUUUGCGACCAGUUGUGUAGCCUGUUCAUAAACCCUCUAUUUUCUCUUAAGAGAUCGCAGGAUUGUUCAAAAAAAGUAAAACACGUCUAUGGACAGGCUACCAUGGCCAGUUGUGCUGCUUGCAACCAGAGGAAUCCCUGAUCGCUGCUCUUGUCAAGCGACAAAUGCCCGGCCAGCAGCAAGUGUCAGUUUGUUCCACGUGACCGAGUUUUCACUUUACUUGUCUUAUUUUUUCUAUCUACACAAAUUUCACUUAUUAAAGCGUUCCAAAACCAGAAAUUAGUAAAAUAUUUAGAGAAGAGUGGUUCCUUCUUUAGUAUGAGUUUCACAGCUUAACUAGUCUUAAAAUAUUACCUUGUAGGAGUCUAUCUCACUAGCAUGGACCCACGCAACGACCCAAAGGAUAUAAUCCGCAACAACUACGACGACGGACCAAGAGUUGUAAACAACCCAAAAAUGGCGGCCAAAGUAGAAAAUGUAGUUGCGGUCAAAUUGGACAGGAAUGAAGUGGAGAAAGUAUAUAUCCAACGACCGCGACGUGUACUUGUACAAGGGUGAUCUUGACCUUAAUAAACAUGAGCAUAAAAUCCAAAAAAACCCAAACACUAAAAAUAGGUUUGCCUACACUUAGCCAGGGUUUCUCAACUUGUUGAGAGAGCUCUUUUCACAAUAGUCUUUCCUUAGCAACCAAGCAUGUGACUGUACAUUUAAAGGGGCAAUGUCACAAGGAUAGUGCUGUUUUUAGGUCAAUUCUGUGCUAUUUUAACCCAUUCACAAAAUUUUCCUUAAGAGUUAUAAAGAUAUCGAGCAAAUUUCACCAGGGAGCACAGACCAUAAAAGUUUAUAUUUUAAUCAUCUUAAUACUUUUGCAAGCAUAGUUUUAAAUCUUGGCCCAACUUCAAGCUUUAAUCUAUGUCCAUCCUUGCCGUCCGUAUCAAAAAAAGACAGGAAACAGUUCCAAUGGUUGAAUAUAGUCUUGAAUAACAAAACCGGAGAAUUUUUUUUGGAGUAAGUUCGUGCAAAAAAAGGUUUUAAGCUUUUUAACUAGUAUAAUAAUUAGCAAAUAGUGCGAGUACAUAGCCCCUUUAAGUAAUCACUUUCGUUUUGUUCUUUAGGGACGGAACGUCGCUUUGUUGAAGUUUUUUGUUGUUGCUUUGGUUAUGUUUAUUUGAAACAUCUCGAAAAUAACAGUACAAUAAAAUAUGAGCUGCAUUCAAAAGUGGAGAACUUUAAUUUACAACAAUCAAAAUAAGCUCUAUAACAGAGAAUGCGUUAAUGAAUAUGCAUAUAGAUAUUAGCUCUAUGUAAGUUAAUAAUUAACAAUUAAUGAAUGAGGCUGAGUAUCAUAUAAAGAAUUAUGGAGAUCGAGGAGGGUAACACCCUCCGAGAUCUCCAAAAUUCUUCAUAUGAUACGAAAGCCGAAUUCAAUAAUUGUUUUCUUAUUCAUUCAAAAUAAUUCCUAGUUUAAAAACAAAGCUAAAACAUACUUACCUCCAUCGAUGUUAAGUUCACCUUCGAUAGUGCACGUUUAAGGUUUUUCAGCUCCGCAAAUAUUCCCCAAAUAGCAGAUGUUGCCCUUCGAGUUUUGUUCUUGCCAUGUUUUUAGCUAUAAUUUCGCCGAGCUCUUACUCUUGAAACGAGUGAAAUGUCCGCAAUUAUUUGUUUUCACAACCAAAACAACUCAAUGUCGUCCCCAGGUCUUCUCGGUUAACGCUGCAUUUACCUGCAAGAACGCUGCAUUCUUGACGCCAUUUCCUCGUUAAACACAAAAUUAUUUCAGAUUUUGGUCAUCAGUAACUGGUUAUGGUAAGUUAUGCGUGUGCUUUUAGCCAAUCAGAAUCGGGGAAAUGUUUUGAAUGAAUAAUAACAAUUAUGAUGAUGAUGAUGAUGAUUACUAUAAAUACUGGAGAAAGCGCCCGUUGUUACGCCCCAAAAUGUAAUACUAUUGACGCAAAAUUGUUUCUACUUCUGCUCCAACGAUUUGUCUGAAAUUUAUCUGGCAUAUUUAUUAUAUCUCAAUAAAACAUCAUAAAAGCUGAUACCAGAAAUUUCAUUUUCAGUCAAAAAUAUCAGCAAAUUUUUUUACUAGACACGAUUUUCUUUGAACAGUAAGGUCCAUUUAUCAGCAUUGAUUGCCGAAUGAUUUGUGUCGUUCUUUGUAAAGUUUGGCAGCCAUCGCGUGAAAAACAAAAAAGUUAUAACGAAAAGUUCGUCGUAGCUCAAUGCGUCUGUAUUUAAAAUGAGGGAGCCACCUUGAGACGAAAUGUGUAAUCUUACAAGUUUCUGACGCUAAACUAAAACAAAAUGCACUCUAAAUACACCUCGUCAUGCAGUGGAAGGAUUGUCUCGGGAUGAGUUUAAUCGAUUAGGUGGGAGGAUCCCUAAACGAUAUGUGAUACCGAGGAACCAGAGAAAUUUUAGGGUUUGGGGCCAUCUUGGUUCUCCACAACUAUCAGUUUAUUAGGAUUAUAGGUAUUUACAGGUCAGGAGUAGCUUCUGAAGAAACUGUGUUUUUGUGUCGAUGAUGGAGUGAUCUAUAUAAUUAAGUAAGGUCGACAGGGUAGAUUGGCCUCCGUUAAAUUUUCACAAUCAUAUAACUGAAAUUGUUAUGCUCUGUUGAUAUUCAGAGAGGAUAAAAGAGUAUAUAAAGGGCAAAAGCUAAUGAGGCAAAAAAUGUAAACAAGAUUCGCACACCGCAGACGAUUUUUUUCUCCAUUUUUUAUACUUUGCCCUAGGUUAUCAUGCAAAAAAACUGCCUUUUUCGUCUGUGCAACACUAGACGUUAUUGGAAGUAAGGGAAAAGGGUAAUCGACCUUGUUUUGACGGUAAACAUGGACCAAAAUGAGGAAUUUUCAUCACUUUAGGAACAUGGGAAGAAACGCAACAGUAACGAUAUGUACCUAAGAGGCAGGCGUCGGGGAUUAUAGCUCAAGGGGGAGGGGGGCGAGAAAAUAGCUUUCUCCCAAACUGCCCCCUGACCCCUAAGUAGUUUUGACACUCAUGCAAGAUGGCAGCCCGUAACGCAUAGCGCUCGAUCUCGGCAAUCUUACGGGAAAAUAGGGGACUGUGAACAGUCUAAAGGAUAAGAGCCUGUUAAUAUGAAAGUGAGCGAGCCCGGCUACGUUACGUUAGCUGGCUCGGCUCAUGCCUUGUACCCUCUUAAAACUUUCGUUGUGUUUAUGUAAGAAAGAGGGCUGUCCCACUUAUUCCCGAGAUCUUUGACCGGCCCAAAUCUCGUCAAGCGGGCCAGCGCGCUUUAAUAUGUAAACCCUUUCUCUUGUUCCAAUAAAUUUACAAAGAUGCUGGCAACGUGUAGUGAAAACGCUCUGUUCUACGAAGCAACAGCGUCCUUAAAAAACAGCCCACAGUGGAAUUGGAUACAACAUCGACCCAGUCUAUAGCAAUGUUCUCACUAAACUGAAGAACUUUCCGUGCCGACACCAAAAGCUAUCCGAUAUGUGACUCUCCACUUUGGGCUAUAUUAAAAAACAGGGCCACAGACAAAGGUUUGAGCCCGUGGGGGGGGGGGGGGGGGGGAGGGGGUAUGUGGGGUAUUUUUUUCGGGGGAAUUGUGGGCCUCUCUUCAAAAACCAUUCCCCCUUUUAAUUUUUUUUUGGGGCAAUUUUAUACCCCCCCUUUUUUUUAUUUGGGGAAAAAUGUAGUUUUUCCAUCCCCCCUUUAUAUUCCUUUUCUUUUUUUUCUUUCCCUUUUAAGUCCUUAACCUAACAGGUGUAAGACUCUCGACCGCGCCAAACAAGAUCCGUCGGGAUGGGCUGCCCUCGUUGGGGGGUAAAAAAAAAAGGGGGGCGAGGGAGAGUGGGGUGGGGGGGGGGGGGGGGGGGGGGGGAGGGAAGGGGUUACUUGGGUAAUUUUUUACUGGGUAUAUGCUGCUAUCCUCUCAGAACCACUACCCCAUUGUAAUCUAUUCUGUGGCCAUAUUAUAGACCCCAUCUUAGUUACUUUGGGAAAAAAGUAGUUUUCGCCAUCCCACCUUAACUGCACUUUCUGUUUAUGCAUCUACCUUAUAAAGCCUUUUAACUUGGUCAUCCAGAAAUGAACUGACAUGACACAUCUGUUAGACUUAAUGUGGUGUAAAUAUCUUUAUUUUUAAAUCCCUACAUAACUGAAUUUUCUAACCCCCCAGAAUCGAAAAAAUGUGCGACCCCAGGCUAGUAACUCUUUUAAAAUUUCAAGCCCAUAAUAAUCAAUCCAGUCGUGAAAAUGCGACCCCAUCCAGCGGCAAAUAUCCAUUAUCCUAAAACUAGGAAAUAGAGGGGGUUUGAGUUCAUGGAAGAGUGAAAGCCAUACGGUAUAUCCCUGUCAUGCCCAUGCUCCCUAACCCUAUUCCAACAGGGAGGAGCUUUAGACCUCCUCCCUUCUCCUCCCUGAAUAACUUCAAAGCGUUUAAGCUAUGAUCUCCAAACUAAGCGACUUUUCUUUAGAUUCAUCUGUGGACAUUUUCGAGUCGUCGUGACGUGUACACCAUCAUUGACGUUACCAUGGCAACCGAGUUUUGACAGCCAUGUUUGUCAAAAUGUUUACUUAUCACAAGAAGACUAGAAGACUGGGUUUAUUUCUUCUUUUACUUACUGGAUUAUGAUAUCACACUUAAUUCAGCAUUAUUUUAUCAAAUUUAUUUUAACUUUUAAUGUAACCAAGGCUUUUUAGCGACUCACUCGAAAGAUCUUGAAAAAAUGCAUGAAUUUAUAAUGACCAAAUAACAGUGUUCACUUCUCUCAGAAUUUCAUAACUUGCAGAUUUUUUUGCUUCCUAAGCAUCCUUCGAUCAAACUUUCUUUUACAAUUACCUCGAUUUAUACGGGUUUAAGUAAAAUCGUCAUCAUUAUCAUCAUCAUCAUUAUCAUCAUCGUCAUGUUUAAUUAAGGUAAAAAAAAACACUGCAAAAAAACGUGUACGAUCAAUCUUGCUCAACGUCGGAUCCAAAAAGAUCGUGAUCAGUCAAAAUAGAUCAAAUUGAAAACGUUACAGCCAAGAAGACUUUAGCAGGGACUGAUCAAACAACGUGAAAUAGAGUUUAGUUGCGAAAUUUCGACUGGCCAAUACCAGUCUUCAUCAGGUUUACUGAGAUAUCUAUUGACCAGUCGAAAUAUCGCAACUAAACUCUAUUUCACGUUGUUUGAUCAAUCCCUGCUAAAGUCUUCUAGACUGUAACGUUUUCAAUCAUCGUCAUCGUCAUCGACAUCAUCAUCAUCAUCAUUAUCAUCAUCAUCAGGGUGUGCAUUCACUCUUGACAGAGGAGCCCACUCCCCCCCCGAUCGAUCCCACAGGUAUGUGUCUUUGCCGUGGCUAAUCUUGACCAAGAAAUGAAAAUACAAAUACAUUUAAAAUACAUUUAAUUAACUCUAAAUGGCAGAUCCAAUAUGGCGGAUGGUUUUAAUUAUAAUAAAUGACGUCUUCAUAUCAUCAAUGCCAAUUUGGUUCUGCCAACAAUUCAGCAAUUAUGAAGGUAUAAAAAUACAGUCGUCUCAACUCUAAAUAAAGUAGGUAGUUAGCUUAUAAAGCGGUUUUGGCAUUACGCUACUCUCAUGCCUUUAUAGCAACUGAUACGGCAUGUAAGUCUAGAAAAGAAGGGGUGUAGGCAGCACAAAUGUUUGGUUUGAUCACUCUACCGCUUGUAAUAAAUUAAUGCGUUUUUGGGGUGAGCUAAAAAGCUAAGAGCUCAAAGUGUUGGUGGGGUCAGUGCAUACUUGUCAUGCGUACAUUUUUCAGGAUACUGUGGAAAGUCAGCCAGGCCUACAACCGAGGAGUCGAAAAGCUGGCUACGCCCUAGCCUCCCCGCAGACGCCCUUUGUGGUUCGUUUGUCACGCAUUCAUUUCUAGAAAUGAAUGCAUGACAAACGAACCUCAAAGGACGUCUGCGGGGAGGCUAGCUACGCCCCUGACAAGUAUUGUUUCUUGAAAGAUUGGAAAGCGGAAGACAGUUAUUCAUAAUGGGAAAGAACUGACUAGACUCUUGCUAGUAUGCAAGAAAGCACGUUGCCCCGGGGUAUUUAUUAGCGUAUGAAUAGAAAUGACUAAUGACUAAGGUUUAAGUAAUCAAAUAAGAUAAUCUCGGUCCUAUCUCUAUACCUUAACUGUCCUUAACUAUCCCAAGACAAGGUAUCUUUGACCCUCAAAAACUACUAUUAAAACUGGGAUCGACUGCCCGUUCGGAUCGGGAUCUGGUUGCAGUUUUCGGAUCGGAAACUGGGAUCGAUUUCCCGUUUCGUGGCCUAACUUUUAUCCACCCUUUUCAGCACAAUGUACAAUACAAAACAACAUUAUUUCCUUGGCUUGUGCAUCCACUGGCAGCUUUAAUAGACCUAAAGCGUACAUUGGCGGGAAAAAAAUUGGAAACUUCUAAAGAGAUGUAGCAAGUGUUGAUUGGAUGAACAUCUGGCACGUGUUACAAAAGCUUUACCUCCGACAGUGUAUUUCCGCCUUCAGGUCACCCAAUAUAUAUUUUCCUUUUCGCCGACAUUUUGUUGGUUUCUUCGUAGUGUUGCAGUCGAAGCAGUACAAGAAGACAAAGCUGA